CUCCUUCUUACGGUGGACGCGAGGUGCAGCAACAUCUCAUUUGAGUGAUCUUGUUGCCGAUCGGACAAGUCCCCGCUGCUUGCUCGCCCAUAAGGCCCGUGCCCUCAUUCCUUCUUCUGGUUGGCGCCAUGAAUGAGUAUUACUACAUGUACACGAAGCUCCGCAAGGAGUUCGGGCGGCACUGCUAUUUUGAGGACAGCGACCCCAAGAUGCUCGGCGUGGUCGAUGCACAGCCCGGCCUCAGAGACGGGUUCGUGCCGCAGAACCCACGACACUUCGUCGCCGACAACAUACCACAAUUCUCGGGUACGCAGGAUUGCAUAGCCUGGCCCCGCAGCUGGGGCAUGCACUCAUCUGCUUGUCUCUGUCUGCCCGUCUGUCCAUCUUUCGUCCGCAGAGCAUGCCGUCAACACGGAGCGAGUGAGCGUUGCAAGCAAGGGCAUGAAACACGUCGAGGGGGGCUGGCCGAAGGAGGUGGAUGCCACGGAGCACCAGGAGACGUCCAAGUGGCGCAAGCGGCUGGACAAGGACCCCGGAUUCGCCACGGCCGUCAAGCAUUUGUGUGCAGACGCCACCAAGUACCUCGAGCAGAACAACACCAUCGACAUUUUUGAGGAGUACUUUGAGGGCGAGACGGUGCAGCACAGCACCGAGAACCUCUCCACCAAGACACUCAUGCUCUUCAAGUCAGCCAGCUAGCCACCCUUACACAUCUAUGCACCUCUUGGAUCGUGUCUCUCGUCCGUCCGUCCGUCCGUCCGCCCGUCCAUCUGUCUGUCUGUCUGUCUCUGUGUGUCUCGUUUGUGAAGGGAUGAGGUAGAGGGUGUUCGUCGCACAGCGACCAAGAUCUGCUGGCACCCCGAGGGCCCGUCCAAGCUGGCGGCAGCCUACUCGAUCAUGCGGUUCCAGAAGAUCCCCGACCCGAUGCCCUCCAUGGCCUUCGUGUGGGACACGUCCAACCCCAACCUGCCGAUCGCCGAGCUGGCAUCCCCAUCGCCCGUCGUGACGCUCCAGUACAACCAGAAGAACACCGAUGUCAUCGUUGGCGGAUGCUACAACGGGCUCAUCCGUAAGAAAGGAAGAAACAGAAAGACAGACAGCCGGCAUCUGUCUGCGCUAUUGAUGUGCGCGGAUUGACAGAGUUGUGGGAUGUGCGCAAGGGUUCUCAGCCGGUGGAGUCUUCGGCCAUCGAGACAUCGCAUUACGACCCCGUAUACGAGAUAUGCUGGUCGGUCGGUCACCUCACCUCGAUAGGAAUGCACAUCACAUCCAUUCCAUGCAGCACAGACAGACGCACAUGUCACAUGCAUGCAUGUGUCUCCAUCCAUCCAUCCAUCCAUCUUCCCAUCCAUGUAUUGAUUUGAUUGUCAGGCUGCAGAGCAAGACCAACAGCGAGUGUGUCUCCGUCAGCACCGAUGGCAGGUCGGUUUAGUCACUGAGUUUUCAAUAUAUGUUUCACUCGCUUCCAUGCAAAUAUAUGUCGCAAUCAUGUAUGUUUUUCUGAUCCAUCGUGUCAAUGGCCGGCCACCAGAGUGUUGUGGUGGGAUGUCCGCAACAUGGCUGAGCCCAUCGACACGUGUGAACUCACCGACGCAAACAAGUAAGAAAGGAAGAAAGGAGGAAACAAAGAAAGUCACCACACACAGGCAGUAAGCUCCACCAUGCACAAACAACAAAGUUCGUUCUCCGGGUGAACUCAGGGAUGAUCCCAAGUUGCUGGGCGGUGUCUCACUCGAAUGGGCGCUGGAGGCAGGGGUACGUACGCUUGAGACAGAAACUGGAUGGGGCCGUCGUGUGAUCGAUCCCCGGGUUAUCGAAACGUAUGUGCCUGCCUUUGUUCCCUUUUGUUCUUCCAGCCCGGCAAGUUUCUGAUAGGCACUGAGCAGGGAGUGGUCCUCUCGCUGAACAAGAAACCCAAGAAGGGUACAAACAAUACGAAAGCGAUAGACGCAUUUGUGUUCUCGACGUGUCGUGUCGAGUAUAACGUUUCUGUGGAUAUGUGUGUAUGGUGGUCAGCUGUUGAGAUCCAGACCCGUUUCGGGAUGGAGAGCGGCAGACACUACGGCCCCAUCUACGCCGUCAAGGUAUCCAUCCAUUCGCUUCGCGCAGACAGACAGAUAUCUUCCUUGCCUUGCCUUGCAUGUCUUGAUGCCGACCUCUCUGUGUGCGCAUGGCAUCAAUGACAGCGCAACCCGGCGCAGCCCAAGUUCUUCCUCACUGUUGGCGAUUGGUGCACAAAGGUAAGUCAGGUGCCUCAACACACACACGUCCACGUGCACACACACGGGGCACAGAAAGGGUGUGUGUGGGGCGCCAGAUAUGGAAUGAGGACCAGAAGACCCCAAUCAUGUCGACACAAUACCACUCCUCCUCACUGAUGACCGGUCAGCCAGCCAGCCAGACAGAGAGAGAGAGACAGGAUGACUCUUCCAGCCAUCCAACUGCGCCUUGUCAUUCCUCUCUGCAGGCCAGUGGAGCCCCACACGUCCCGGGGUCUUCCUGGUAAGGACAGGAUUAAUGACUUUAACACAGUUCGGCCUUUGCUGCACAUGUGGGUGGGUCUUUUGCUGGCCUGGCCCCUUGCCGGCGUAAUCAGGUUGGUCGUCAGGACGGUUAUUUGGACUUCUGGGACUUCUUCUACAGACAAAACGAAAUCGCAUUCCAACACAAGGUGUGCACACAUGCGCGCAGCAACGUGCAAUGCUAGCCCCCUGUUGGAUGGUAUCAGGUUGGUGAGGCGGCUUUGUGGUCGAUUGCCAUCCAGAACCAAGGGCAGCUGGUGGCCGUGGGCGACACCGACGGUGCGGUGACGCUGCUGGAGCUGUGCGAGCCCCUCGUCGUGCCAACAUCCGCUGAGAAGACCGUCAUACAACAGGCAAGCCGAGAGACAUCGAACAAUCGUGCGCUUGACUUAACAUCUGUCUGUUGUCCGCAUGUAUGUAUUUGUGCACAUAUAUAUCAUACUGCAGAUGUUUGACCGUGAGUCGAGAAGGGAGAAGAACCUCGAGACAGCAAAGAAACAGGCCGAGGGUCAGCUACCAGAACACAACUGAUCACAUCACACCACACACGACAGCAUACUCGCAGAAGAAAGAAUGAUAUACACUUUCACACCCCAGGCAAGAAGGCCCAGCGAGAGGGCAGCCCCUCGCCAAGCGGCCCACCGCCACGCAAAGCUGAGGUCUGUGGUCCCACACACAGCCAGCAAGACAAGCCGCGCGAUAUCCCCGGCUCGUGUGUCUCUCUUGUGUGUCUCAGGAGGCAGCUCAGUUUGAAGAAAAGUUCUUCACCGAAGUCGGCAUCUCGCCAGCGGCUGGCGGUGGUGCUGGUGCUGCGGCACCCGUCAUGACGAACGGGGAGCCCUCACACGAGCAGGAGAACGGCGUCCCGGAUGCAGCAGAAGCCGUGGUCAACGGGGUGCCAACUGAGAACAGAGUGCCGGAGGCCGAGAAUGGUGUGGCAGAGAAUGGGCCGGUGGCGGACGGAGAGCCUGCUGUGGAUGGGGAGGGGGAAGGGGAGGCCAGACGGCCCAGCAAUAACUAAUGAUCAUUGAUCGAUGGAACGGGUACGUACAUGUGUUCGUGUGUAUGCCGGUGUGUUCGUAUGUAUGCGGUGCGUGCGUGGGUGAUGG